AUGGUUGAAGGUUUUGAUUGGCUUUCAACGCUCAUUCAAGUCAUAGUUUCGCUUGCACUCGCCAUCAUGGGCAUACCACCGGUAGCAUGGUGGCUCAUGAGACACUGGGGUUCCUUCUGCGCCUUUUUACGGGAGUGUAGGAGAAGCCUCUUGCCGGGGGCCAAUUCGAGAAGAACCCCUGAUCCUGAGGAGCAAUUUGAUGACCAUGGGACUGAGCUGGAAACCCUCGACGCGGACGCCCUCCCUCCGCCGUCCCCCGUCCUCCCCAGCCCUCCUCUCAGGUUGAACGGUCCUCAGUGGAGCCAGCCGCCGCCCCCGUGUCGAUUUCCUCUCGUCCGCUGCCUUCGUCCUUCUCGCUCCCUGCGCCGCCCCUCGCCGUCCUCCCUGCUCCCUCGCCGUCCUUCGCCGACGCCGUGUCGAACUUCUCUCGCCCGUUGCUCCGCCGUUCGUCUCGUAUCUGCCAUCCAACUCAGUUCUAUGGUCGUUAGUGCUACCACAUGGUGUCAAAACCAUGGCUCCGAGGACGGAUCACAGUGUCUGCUGAAGCCACUCGACUCACCUCGAGUGGUGGAAGUAUGGUGA